AAUGAAAAGCUAUAAUCAUAAAUAAAAAUGUCAGUUCCGUGUGAUAUGUUACUACACCCAGAGCUUUUGAGUAAUGAUCAACUUAUAAAUAUCAUCCAACAGAGACAUUUGCAUAUCCCUAAUGUGGAACGAAUGCAGAGAGACGAGUUGUUAGAACUUUUCCACAACUUUUGCGUCCCAUACGGCCAGAGAAAAUACAAAGACACCGGUAGAGGGAAACUGUUAAAUCAGACAAGAAACAUGUGCUCCGAGCCUCCAGUAAAACUAAAUGUGUUUAAUGAUAGUCAAAGCAGAAAAAUACCAUAUCCAGAAAGAUGUGAUAGACUAAAGCCCCCACCUGAUUUGUUAUCCGGGCAUUUGAAGAGAAUCAAAUUAGAUAUAAGGCCCGUUUCCGACGUCAAUAAUUCUAAAAGAAAAAUGUCUAUUGACUCGGCAACACCAGCUACAGACAGCCCGCCACCAAAAAAAGAGAAGAAGGCUAUAACUUGGCCUUAAUUACCUUUAUCGGGAUAGAUAGUAAGAUUUUAGAUAGGUUAUAUGGAAACAAUCGUGAUAUUGAGAUUUGUAUUCUAUACAAAUUGAAUCCAAUUAAUUGGAUUGUAUUAAGGUUCUGUGGAUAUUUGUGCUGUUGAAGUGGGAACUCAAAGUAUACUAUCUAGGUAAAAAUUUAGACCUACAAAGAAUGUUGUAAGCUCCACAGUAGAAUCCAUACAAGAAUAAAUAU